AUGCCCCUGCCGCUGGCCGAGCUGCUGGUGAUGCUCCUCCUGCGGGCGGCGGAGGCGGUCGGCCCGGCCCGAAGGAAGAGCCACGCAACGCUCGGUCCAGUGCUCUGCACGCAAGAAGCGCUCAACCAAGAGGAUGGAACGCACGACGGAGGGGGUGACGGGGUCCGUGAUGUGUGGGCAGGGAGCACGGAGGGGAACACGGUGGGGAGCGCCGGCGGGGGUCCGCGGAGGAGCUGCCCGGGCUGCCUGAGCUGCUCGGAGGAGAACGGCUGCCUGUCCUGCCGCGACAAGCUCUUCCUCUACAUCGGCCGCGAGGGCCUCCGCCAGGUGGGCCUCUGCCUCCACGACUGCCCCCGGGGACACUUCGGCCUGCGCGCCCACGACGCCAACCGCUGCAAGAGAUGCAGCUCCACCUGCGAGAGCUGCUUUAGCCAGGAUUUCUGCAUCCGCUGCUCGGGCGGCUUCUUCCUGCACAAGGGCAAGUGCCAACCCACGUGCCCGCCGGGUACGGAGCCCCGGCCCGGAGACGCCCGAGAGUGCCAAGAGAACAGCGUGAGCAGGAGGAGAGGAAAGAAGGAGCGGACACAGCAGAAGGAGAGGAAACCCGAGCCGUCUCCCUAAGGCUCGAUCCCGGCCCCGGCCUCCCGCCCCGGGGACCCAAACACCCCCCUUCGACCCUCACUGCCCUCCACCGCCCCCCAAAUCUGCCUGGAGAGUCAGGAAGUCAGUCAGUCCUAUUUAUCGAGUGCUUCUUGUGUGCCAAGAAAGCACACGGGAAGCUUCCUGUGUGCUAAGCACUGUACUGAGCGCUUGGGAGAGUCCAGUAGAACA